AUGGAGUUCGCGGAGGCGAUGCGAGCGCUCGACGACGCCGUCGUCGGGUGCGUUCGAAAGCGUAAGAAGACGCCGAAGCUCGUCGUCGGGCGCGAUUACGUGACGGAGACCACGCGCUUGGUCGACGGUCGUUCGGUGGUUUUUAAACACGUCGAGGGGAGCUUUUCAAAUCCGAACGGUGGCGUCGCCGAACUCACGGCGAAUCAUCUCGUUCGGAUUUGCGCGGAUAUCGCCGGCCCGAAGACGAAAUUCAUCGAGCUGUACGCCGGUUGCGGAAAUCACACGUGUUGCAUGGCGCCGCAGUUUCCCGGCGGCGCGUUCGCGGUGGAGAUUGAUCCGGUUUUGGUGGAAGCGGCGCGAGAAAACUUUGCGCGCAACGGCGUUCGAGCGGAAAUCGUGUGCGAACGCGCCGAGGAUUGGAUCGCGUCUCGCGAAAGUCCCACGAACGACCGCGACGUCGUCCUGCUCGUCGAUCCACCGCGCGGUGGGUUGGACGCGCGCACGCUCGACGUCGUCACGCGCGAAUUCGACGACGUCAUUUACGUCGCGUGUGACUGCGAAUCACUCAAGCGAGACAUCGACGACGAGCGCGUGGGAUUCGCGGCGAGAGGGUUCGAACUGACAUCGCUCGCGUGUUUCGACCACGCGCCGACGUCGCCGCGAUGGAUCGAAACCGUGGGGGUUUUUAAGAGGCGAGAGGCGUAG